ACGAGAGCGACAACGCGCCGCGCAUUACACCAUUACACGAAUUGGGCAAGUGCGGUCAUGGGCAUCGACGACGUAACCCGCGAAGCGUCUGCGCGAUCGGAGACGUCGUCUUCGGCAAACUCGUACCACAUCCCGCACAAGACGCAUCGCAGUGCGACAGUCGACAGUCUCACAGACGCUGGGACACCCACGCACAAUACGAGUUUCACGUCGACGCAGCAGUACGAACUUGACUUUGUCUCAAGUCCCAAGGGUAAGCGUGCCACUCCUGGGCCGACGACGAGCAUCAGUGACACUCGCGGCUCGCUCACCAACUUGUCCAUGUCCGACCUUGUCAACACCACACAUCGCACGCGCCACAAUGGUCGCGACAGUCUCUUGGUGCGGCCAAAGGAAACGCUGCAACACAUGGAUCCUAGUUUCCACGACAUGCCUGCAUCGGCUCACGCGCCACGAUAUGACUUCGAUACGGAAGGCUUAUCUCCUCUCAUCAUCGCUGCUCGCGCAGGGGAUGUAGUGGAAGUGAAUGCGUUGCUGGUUCAACCCGGCACUGACGUACUCCGUCGCGACCCGAUAUUUGGCCAGAGUGCCAUGCAUUUUGCCGUCCGUGGUGGUCACAUGAGCGUCCUCAAAGCUCUCUGCUCUCCCCACAUCGCGUCUUCCAUCAUCAACGUCCCUGACAACCGCCGAAACACUCCUCUGCAUCUUGCCGCUGCGAAGUCUCGUCGCAUCACAAAGCUGCUCUUGGAAAACGGCGCGGACGCCACCUUUUUCAAUAUCCGCAACCAAACACCGUUGGGCGUGCACAUCAUCACGACCAACAAGGACGACCCGAUGCUUUGUGAAAUGCUCCUCCGCCAUAACGCCAACCCGAACGCAGCCGUGGACCAGUCGACACUUUUGCAUGUGGCGCUGGACAAGGGCCUCAAUGAGAUAGCAUUGCGUCUCGUCCGCCACGGCGCCCGCCUCGACACGCUGGAUGAGAACAACAAGAUGGUUUACGACAAGGUCGAUAAGGCCAUGCUGAAGAAACUACUGCACAAGGUGACCAACUCGCCGGUAUGGAUCGAUGACAAGUCUCGCCCUGCAUGCAUGCUUUGCGACAAGAAGUUUUCGCUGGGCAAUCGACGCCACCAUUGUCGGUACUGCGGUCGAUUGUGUUGCGCGGAAUGCGCGUCGGGCAAGGUCGCAGCGUACAAGUUUCCGAAGGGGUUCGACAACCGCUUAAAACUGCACGGUGGUGCGCCCAAUCACAAGCUCCAACGCGUUUGCAACGUGUGCCAUGGCGUGCUCAACGAGCAGCAGAAGGAGGCCGGCCGUACUGACUUGAGCGACCGUCGGUCGGACCUCGACCAAUUCUACGAUCGCACGUUGAACGUGCAGUGGGACGAAGUCAAAGGGCAGGCGAACCACCCCGUCGCGACCCACAAACUCACCGGCGCCGAUUAAUGCCGCUGCAUAAUCUUAUUUUCGCUAUCAUUCUCCA